UUUUUUCACGGUCAUCAUUUUUUUCCAAGUGCUGGGUAAAACCGAGCAGGUCCAUAGAAUUUAGAAAACAAUGAUCUCAGCAAUGGAAGUUAUACAAGAAGUAGUAGAAUAGUAGUAGUACGAAGUAGCAGAGUGGGAGAGAUAGUAAGGGGGAAAAGAGGGAAAGGGAGAGAGAGAGAGAGAGAGAGAGAGGAAGAAGCAAGAACCCUGGUAUAUAUAAAAACAGAACCUUUUAAUGGUUUCUGGUUUCUUUGGGUAGCUAGGGAUGAGAACUGUGUCUUUCUGUUAAUCGCUUCUUCAUGCAUGCUGGGGCUUCAGGGUGUUGCUUUUGGUUUCUUUUCAGCCAUCAUGGAGUUGCUGCAAACUUCAAAUGUUCAUGCGGAUCCAAAGAUUUCUGUUGAUUUCAGACACCAAAUUGAGCAAGUAUGUUUUUACAUUCCCAUUCCCAUUCCUCAAAUGAUUUGCGUUGUUGAUAGAGCUCAAAGCUUUUUCAAAUGAGUUUGUUUUGAAGGUUUCGGAAUCCGAUGAUUGUGAUUUUGUAGGUUUUUCACUCAUUAAUAUUAAAUUCUUUCAUUCUUUUGGGGCGGGGGGAUUUUUUUUUUUUUUUUCAUAUUCUCUUAUUGUUUAUUAACUGCAUACUCACAGUUAUUACAUAGGAACACUUCUGUUGACGCAACCUAUAUUUUUUAUUUGUUAUUAUUCAUCGGAUUCCUAUUAAGUUCAAUUGAUUGCCUAAAAGAAAUUCACACACUCACGUUAGACUGUCUCUCUUGAUCUCUGUUUUUAAAUAUACACAUUCAAAGUAUUUAUCUGGAUACAGAAUCGAUAACUCAAUAAACCAUUUGUUUCAUAGUUCAAAAUUUGUUGUAAAAUCAAAGAGAUAGAGAGGAAAAUAGCAGAAAAUAGGGUGGGUGACUCGCACAAAAAAUUCAGACAUAAGAAAAGUUGGACGGUUGUAGAGGAUGUUGGCUGGGUGUUCUAGUUCUACAUUGCUGUCACCUAGGCAUAGAUUAAGGAGUGAGUCACCUGCACAGUUACAAGCUUGCCAUUUCCAGUUACCAUCAAUGAGCACACAGAGAUUGGACUUGCCAUGUACUUUCUCUCGUAAAGAAUCCUCACGGUCCCAGCCAAUUAGACCUGUUGGUGUUGGUCUAUCUGUUGAUAAAUCGCUUGAAUCAAAGACCAGCAGUUGCUCUCUCAAGCAGAAUAUCAGGCUCCCACCACUAGCAACAAGCACUCAAUCAGUGAAAGAUGAAUUUUGGGAGAAGGGUAAGAGCUUGAAGAGGUUCGCAGAACAGGGUUCUCUUGAUGAGUCUUGCACUAACAGGGCUAAGAGAAAAAGGGGUAGCAAUGAUAACGGUAAAUCCAGUGGUGUUCAUGAAGUUGGAGAUACUUUGACUCUGGGCCAGUUGGGAAGUGGCAACUUCUGGUUUCAAUCGGGAUUUGAAGUACCUCGAGGCCUAAAACCUCCACAAGCUCCUUUCUCUUUGACAUGCUCAGGAGACGAGGAAAGGGUCCAUAUUGUGUCUGGAGAGGUGAUUUCACCGCCUUUUCCAUUAUCAAGAAAUCCAUGGUUGGACUCUGUUAUAACCGAGAUCACUGACCUAGGUGAGAAAGAUGGAGAGAGUAGCCAAAGGCCAGCAAAAGAAACCUCAGGUUCAAGUGCAUCAUCAGAGAGUCAUGUUUUGGGCCUUAGGCUUAGCGAGAAUGUUGCGGAGCAUGAAGUGGGUAAUGGCUCUAGGAAUCCUCAUCCACAGGAAGGCACCACGAUAGAAUCUUCAGAAGAGAAUCACCAAGAGUAUCGGGCAUUUGAGCUGGUUAGCUUGCUCACAGCAUGUGUUGAAUCAAUUGGAUCCAAAAAUAUGGCAUUGAUCAAUCAUUGUUUAGCUAAAUUGGGGGAUCUCGCUUCUCCAAAGGGAACAGCUUUUAGCCGCCUUAGUGCUUACUAUACCGAGGCUUUAGCUCUUAGAGUUGCUAGGCUUUGGCCACAUAUAUUUCACCUCAUCACUCCUCGAGAAUUUGAUCGGGUUGAUGAUGAUUCUGGGACUGCAUUGAGGCUUUUGAAUCAGGUGAGCCCAAUUCCAAAGUUUAUUCAUUUCACAGCAAAUGAGAUAUUGUUGAGAGCUUUUGAGGGGAAAGACAAGGUUCACAUUAUAGACUUCGACAUUAAGCAAGGGCUUCAAUGGCCUAGUUUGUUUCAAAGCCUGGCCUCUAGGACUAAUCCUCCUAGCCAUGUUAGAAUCACAGGUAUAGGCGAGUCCAAGCAAGAACUGAAUGAGACAGGUGACAGGCUUGCUGGAUUUGCUGAAGCAUUGAACCUGCCUUUUGAGUUCCAUCCAGUUGUGGAUAGGUUAGAAGAUGUGAGGCUGUGGAUGCUCCAUGUGAAGGAGGGGGAAUGUGUAGCUAUAAAUUGUAUUUUCCAAAUGCACAAGACACUUUAUGAUGGAAAUGGAGGAGCAUUAAGGGAUCUCUUGGGACUUUUUAGAAGCACAAACCCUUCAAUAGUCCUUAUGGCAGAGCAAGAAGCAGAACAUAACGCUCCUAAUUUUGAAGCAAGAGUGUGCAAUUCUUUGAAGUACUACUCUGCAAUUUUUGACUCAAUUGACUCCAGCCUUCCAUUAGACAGCCUAAUUAGGAUCAAAAUAGAGGAGAUGUUUGCACGGGAAAUUAGGAAUAUAGUUGCUUGUGAAGGAAGUGAUAGGCUUGAAAGGCAUGAGAGUUUUGAGAAGUGGAUAAAGUUGAUGGAGCAAGGUGGAUUCCGGUGCAUGGGAAUUAAUGAAAGGGAAGUGCUUCAAAGCCAAAUGUUGUUAAAGAUGUAUUCUUGUGAGGAUUAUAGGGUCAAAGAAUGGCAGGAUAGAGCAGCAAUUACUCUAAGUUGGUUGGAUCAGCCUCUCUAUACAAUAUCUGCGUGGGCGCCUCUAGAUGUUGCGGGAAGCUCAUCCUCUUUUUCUCAGCCAAGUUGAUUGCUGGAGGUUUCUUUUUCUUCAUACGUACUAUCAAAUUUUAUUUCAUUCUUGCACACAGAAACGGACACUAAAUUCUUUGUAGGUAGCAAAAGCAUUAUACUUUCAUUCUUUUGUUGCAGAUAAGAUAGUGCGAGAACCAUUUGUAUGAAGUACAGUAGUAUCAUACUUAUUCCAAUUCUUUGCAGUCCAGAUUUCUAGGUUUCAGUCCAUAGAAUUUUGAGUCAGUUUUAUGUUUCUUAUUCUUUCAUUCUUUAUGUAUUGAUGAAAUUCUUUGUAGCAGUGUCAUUACCAUCAUGUAAUAGAGAAUUGAAAAUUCAUGUAUGAGAGAUUAUUUAUUUGAUUUGUGUUCA